UUUCCGGAAUUUUCACCUUUCUUUGUGAAACAGAAAAAAUCACUAUAAAUUCAUUCAUCUCUUUCUUUGAUCUUCUCCUUCUCUGUGGUGUUUCUUUUGUGAGAUAAUCAUGGAGCUUCUUAAAGAGCUCUUUCUGACAGCUUUUGUUGCCAUUCUUUUCUCUUUUCUUAUUGCGAAGCUUGUUUCCAGGGUGACGUCUGGUGGUUCUCUGCCGGAAUCAGAGUCGAAUUCAGGGAUUGAUGUUGAUGAGGAGACUAUUAAGAGAGAGUUGCAGUUUGGACAAAGAUUGGAGGUUAAGACAUUUGAAGGCCAGAGAAAGGUCGAGUUCAUCCAGGAAAUUGUUUGCAAAGAUGAGCAAGUCGUUGCAGCGCCGGCUGUUGCUGAGGAAAUUGGGGAAUCAGUUGUGCGGAGUGGAGAAUUUGAAGCAGAAUCGCGUCAAUUAGCUGAAAAAUCAGAGUCGGAGGUGAAGUUCGACGACGUCGUUGACAAGGAGAGCUUUGGAGUAGAAAAAGGAAUCGUAGUCGAUCAAGAAAAUGCUAGCGGAGUGGCUAACGUCAAAUCAGAAUCGCCUAAAUCCGACGAAAUAUCCGAAUCCGCUGCUCUCAGCAGCCAAAUGGAAGCAGAAGCGUGUCAACUACAGGAGAAAUCAGAAUCCGAGGUGAAGUUUGAUGAUGUUAUUGAAAGAAUGGUAAAGAAUGUAGAGGUCGGGGAAAUGAAGCCAGAAAAAUUGGAACCUGAAGUGAAGUUUGAUGAUAUUGUUGAAGACAAGGUGGAGAACAAAGAGGUUGGGGGAUUUGAUGAAGCAUUGGAAAAAAUCAGAAAGAAUCAUGAACAUGAGCUUGAAUCUGAUGAGAUUAGUGCUUUAGAGAGUAAAUUGGAGAGAGUAGGUGAUGAAUUAAAGGAGGUGAAAUUGGAGAGUCACGAUGAUGAUGAUGAUUGGGAAGGGAUAGAAAGGACUGAAUUGGAGAAAGUUUUUGCAGUGGCUGCUAAGUAUGUUGAGGGUAAAGGAGAAUUGGAAGGUAUAGGGAAUGAUGUGCAGAUGGAAAUGUAUGGACUCCACAAGGUUGCAACUGAGGGACCUUGCCGAGAGCCACAGCCAAUGGCUCUGAAGGUGAAUGCUCGUGCCAAGUGGAAUGCGUGGCAAAGGCUGGGGAACAUGAAUCCAGAGGUGGCCAUGGAGCAAUAUGUUGCCCUUCUUUCAGAUAGAGUUCCUGGGUGGAUGAAAGACAAUUCUACUGGGGAGAAUAAACAGGAACCUACCAAAGUGGGACUUCAAGCUGCCAUAGCUCAUGAUAGAAGUUCAUUUCCAGACCUUCAGACCAAUUCUACAGAAGAAAGUAUUUCAGAAUUGGAGUCUACCAUGACAGGAGGUCAGGAGUCUGGGUGCUCAAGCUUUGAUAACCAGGCCAAAGAAUGAUAGCUUUGCUUCACUUCAUCUCCCCAACUACAGGGGCUAUUCUACUAAGUUUUAUUGACAAGAAGCUGGACUAUUCUUUAUCACCAAGUAUAGCAUAUUGGUAAAGCAUGCAAAGCUGUUGUGCUGUUUAUGCUUUCGCAUGUCCUGAUAUUGCAUUGGUGUUGUGUGAUUAGGAAAACUUUAAUCGCUGUGCAUCUAUAUAAGUAUAUAACCAUCCAAAUAUGUAUAUGUUUGGCAUCCAUGUUUCUAACUAUUCAAGAUGGCGUGGUUGUGACUCUUGAGAUAAAAUAUCAAUACAUGCUUUUACUUGAC